UCUCUCCCUCACUCCCCCCCUGUCUUCCCUCCUGGCUCAGCUGCUGCUGUUGCUGUUGGAGUGGCGUGGUGGUUGUUGGAGGCGGCGGCAGCGGCAGCGGUGGUGGUGGUGGUGGUGGUGGUGGCGGGGUGGUGUGCGUGCAGUGGGGUUUCUCUGAGCUUUAAGGGAGAGCUGGGUAAGCCAAUCCAGAUAGCACAUAGAAAGGGGGUUUCUCCAUUCUCCCGGCGAGGCUCAGGCAGCAGGAUUUUAUCUCUUGGUCUCCAGGAUGAAGCUCUGCGUGAGCGGAAGGGUCAACACAGGUAGAGCACUGAGUAACUCGGCAGACCAGACUUAGCUGGUCUCCUUUGGAAAACUAACACACAUGACGGCUCCCUGUGGUCAACCCCUAUAAACACAUGAGAGGGAAGGAACACAGACAAACCAUGAAAAAGAUAUACAUUGGCAAAACCGCCUUAAAAGUCCCCCGAAAUGGCGGCAAACAUCCGAAAAAGAGCUCAUUGCUGGAGCAGAAGGAGGACUUACGGAAGAGGCUUUCCUACACGACACACAAGCUGGAGCUGCUGCAGAGUGAGUUUGACUCCACAAGGCAGUACCUGGAGACGGAGCUGCGCCGUGCACAGGAGGAACUGGACAAGUUUACUGAUAAACUGCGCAGAAUACAAAGCAGCUACUCAGCACUGCAGAGGAUCAACCAAGAUCUGGAGGAGAAGAUCCACAGAGAUUCUCAGCACCAUGACGAUGAGAAGCGAGCGCUGAGCCGAGAGAUCAUCGUUCUCAACAACCACCUGAUGGAGGCGAAACUCACCAUCGAGAAGCUGCGAGAAGAUAAUGACCUGUACAGGAAGGACUGCAACCUGGCUGCUCAGCUUCUCCAGUGCAACAAAUCUCUUUACAGGGCCCAGCUCUCUGAGCUGCCUGCUGAUUUUCAGGAGCGACUGACCAUGCACAUGGAGGACUCUCCUCUCUGUCACACCUACCCCGACACCGUCCCGGCCUCUCUCAUUGCCAAAGUGCUCGAGAAGCCAGACGAGGCGUGCAGCAGCAGCCAGGCCUCCCGCUCCCCCAGCCCCCAAACCCAGGACCAUGCCUUUAUCUUGGAGCGCUUGGGACCAGGAGAGCGACUGGGGCUACGUGCAGCCUACAAAUCUGAUCUGUACAGCAGCGACACGGCCCUGUACUGCCCAGACGACCGGCACCGUGAGCGGAGGCCCAGCAUGGACCUCCACGGUGAGAGGAAGCUGCUAUACGGGCCCCAAAACUCCACCGACAGCAACCCAGAGGAGGGCUCGGUUGGGUUGAGGGCUGGCUUCACCCAGGAGCACUUUCCUAAGUUCCCUGCCACACUGGGUGCAGGCUCCAGCUCCUACUCAAGCUUCAGCGGAGGGGGGUCUGAAGACAAAGGCAACGGCCCACCCAGCAGUGCAGCUUCCUCCCCACGCCACCAUUCCCUCUACAUGGACUGGAGAGAUGCAGGGGACUAUGAGAGAAAGAGUGACUCAUCCUGGGAGAGGGACAGUCCAAGAGGCUUUGCCAACGCUCAUCCCUUCCAGCAGACGGAGCUGAGCCACCACCAGAACGGUAGCUCGCCUGUCUACAGCCGCACCAUGUCCUCCUGUUUCAGUGAGCCCUAUGAGCCACUCCCUCCCUCUUCAUCCCCAAGUGUUGCCUACGGAGACAGCCGCCGGGGCAGCACGUUAGCCCCCGAGGAGGAGGAACUGAUUGGCCGAUGGAGACAACUUAGUGUGGAGGACUUAAGUGCCCACACCUACCGCAGCCCAGGCCGGGCUUCACCUUACAGCUUCUCAGAGCAGCACUUCUCUGUCCGGCCGGCCAAGAUCCGACUCGGGCCUCUCUACAGCAGCUUCCAGGAAGGGGCUGACUAUUACCAUCACGCAGCGGGUGUCAUGGACCCGGUGUGGGUAGCCGGCAGCCCCAGUCCCGAAUGCAGCCCAGGGCUGAGACAGGCACAUAGCCAAGCCCACUUGUACCGAGCUGAGGACAGCCAGGGGUCGGAGCACAGCCUCUACCACUCAGGGAGCUCCAAAGACAGGGAGGGCAAUGUGGCAUCUGGCGGCCAGAGCACAGAUUAUGUAGACCCCAGCCCCAACAGCUCCACCGAGUCUCUGAACCAGAGAACCCUGGAGAUGGCCGCAGAACUGCAGCACUACCAAGUGGAAAUGCACAGUAUGCCUGCACAGGCGAGCCAGUCGCCGCCGCCAGCCCCACCCCCUCCUCCUCCGUACAACCAAAAAUUUGGCUCCCUGGGACUUUCCAGGAAGGACAGUCUGACCAAGGCCCAGCUUUAUGGAACACUUCUGAACUGAAGGACUUCCCAAUCAGGUUUAUUCUUUGAUAGGAUCCUAGACGCAAGGCCCUGCUACGUGCAGCUACACCUUCUGUUAGCGAGAUCAUUUUGAUAGAUAAUGGUUUGAAUAGAAGUCAGGAGCCAAAUAAUUCAGUAUCACAAACAUGUAACUAUUGCUGAUUAUUUAAAAGCUUUGGUCGUAUGACAGUGGGUGGAAACAGUUUACACCACAGUUGUCCUGGGAAAGUACGUCAUGUUGAAAGAGUUGGCUGCGGGGCGGUAGGAGGGGAGUGGAGCUCAAGUGGCCCCGUCAAAAUUUGUAUGAAUGUGUAUGUAUUUAAAUUACAAAUGUAUAAAUAUAUACUUAUAACUGAAAAUUGAGUGAUAUAUUUUGUAUGUAGCUGUUAGCAAGAAUUAAAUCUAAAACAAUCAAACUAAAUGCAAAUCUUCUUGAUAAACCUGGAACUUGUAUAUAAAAUUAAAAACUGCCAAUCCUAUAUUCGGAAAAACCCUGAGAAGUAUUUUAAUUGAAACUGAUGCCCGUAUAAACUGCACAUAGAUUCGUUUCAGUCAUUAUUUUUGGAUCGACGGAACGGUGUUGGCCUUUGUGAGAGUUUAAAUAUGAAUGUUGAACACAGGAAGACAACAAACACAAAUUAAUCACUUAAUGAGAAACACAUGCUACAUUUUCUUUUCCUUCUGUUGAUUGAAUUUGACAGUAUCGGUGGGUGUGUUAUAUUGUUAUUGAUGGAACGUUUUGAGAUCUGUCUUAGCAGUCAGUAUUAUUUUUUAUUUUUGCUCUUCUAUAUCUCACAGAGAGAGGUUUUCCUGCCCCCAUUCUACCUCAGAUUUGGAUGCCCACACCCCAUCAAGCCACUGUAACCCUGUUUCUUUGACAACGAUGCAUGUUUAUACAUUUUGGUUGUUUUGUUCGCCUAAUAAAGCACAAGUUAUACAUAUAA